CGACCCAGCAGCACAAGCUGUCAUGGUGGCCCGGCUGUUAAGUUUGUAUGCUCGCCGCCUUUCCGCAGCAGCGGUGAUACGAGGGCUUCCUGCUGCCCGCGUUCGCUGGGAAUCCUCCAGGGCUGUAAUCUCGCCAUCUGCUGUGGAGAGAAAGCGGCAACGAGAACCGACCAUGCUCUGGCAGGAAGACCCAGAACCCGAGGACGAAAACCUCUACGCGAAGAACCCAGACUUUCAAGGUUAUGACCAGGACCCUGUGGUGGAUGUCUGGAAUAUGCGAGCUGUCUUCUUCUUUGGUUUUUCCAUCGCCUUGGUCUUUGGUACCACAUUUGUGGCAUAUCUGCCUGACUACAGGAUGCAAGAGUGGGCCCGCCGGGAAGCUGAGAGACUUGUGAAAUAUCGAGAAGCCAACGGCCUCCCCAUCAUGGAAUCCAACUGUUUUGAUCCCAGCAAGAUCCAGUUACCAGAAGAUGACUGAUGAAUUGCUAAGCGGG